GCGAGCUGAGGCUGGAGGAGGGAACCGAGGCUGGAGUAGCGAACGGAGGCUGGAGGAGGGAGCCGAGGCUAGCCACGCUCCGGGAUUCACCCCGGGAGCUUUGUUUAGGAAAUCAAAGCCAGAAGAACCUGCAUGUGUACUUCUGAGUACAGUCCUGCUACUUGCCUGCCCAAGAGCAAUGACCAGGGGAUCUUCUAGAGAGGUGCAGGAAAACAAAAGCUCUUUCUCCUGAUUCAUUCUCCCCCCACCCCACCUGCACACACACCAUCACAGUGACGAGAUUCCUACAGAAUCAAAAACUGAAGCCUUGAAACAACCUGGGGACCCUCUGCCUCUAGAAUGAAAAGAACUUAGAAGGGCCUCAUACUAGGAUGAGGAGGGACACCCUACAUCGGUGUGGAUAUUGGCUGGUUCCAUGUGCUGCAGGACUCUACCUGCUGGGGGUAUGAGUGGCCCCAUCUUUGUGACGACCAAAAUGGCCUGCAGGUUACACCAUGCUCUCUAGGGACAGCUGUCCCCAUUAAGAACCUCUGCUCUUCUAUAGGAUCAUGGCAGAUCACCUUGACCUUCUCUUAGGAGUGUUGCUGAUGGCGAGUCCUGUGUUCGGAAUUCCUUCCUGCUCCUCUGAUGGUCGGAUAGCCUUAUUUCGUUUCUGCAAUCUCACCGAGAUUCCCCCGGUCCUCAACACCACAGAGAGGCUCCUGCUAAGCUUCAACUACAUCAGGACAGUCACUGCCACGUCCUUCCCCCUCCUAGAGCAGCUCCAACUGCUAGAGAUCGGGAGCCAGUUUACUCCCUUGUCUAUCGACAAAGAGGCCUUCAGAAACCUGCCCAGUCUUAGGAUCUUGGAUCUGGGUAAAAGUCAGAUCGACUUCUUGCAUCCAGAUGCUUUCCAGGGACUGUCCCAUCUCUUUGAACUGAGACUGUUUGCCUGUGGUCUCUCUGAUGUUGUACUACGAGAUGGUUAUUUCAGAAAUUUAACUUCUUUAAUUCGCUUAGACCUGUCCUAUAAUGAAAUUGGGAGCCUUUACCUUCAUCCUUCGUUUCAGGAGCUGAAUUCCUUAAAGUCCAUAGAUUUUUCCUUCAAUCAGAUAUCCAUCUUAUGUGAAGAGGAGCUCAAGCCACUCCAAGGGAAAAUGCUGUCUCUUUUCAGACUCAAAGCAACUUACCUGUACAUCAGAGUCUCAGUAGACUGGGAGAAAUGCAUGAACCCAUUCAGAAAUAUACGGCUGGAAACCCUUGAUGUUUCUGAUAACGGCUGGACUGUGGCUAUCACAGGAAACUUCAGCAACGCCAUCAGGGGAAGCCAGAUUUCCUCUUUGAUUCUCACCUACCAUAUUAUGGGUUCUGGGUUUGGCUUCCAAAACCUCAAAGACCCUGACGAGAACAUAUUUACUGGCCUGGAGAGAAGCUCAGUAAAACGCCUGGAUCUGUCCCACGGGUACAUCUUCUCCUUGAACCCCCGACUCUUUAAGACACUCAAGGACUUGAAAGUUCUGAACCUUUCCUACAACAAGAUAAACCGGAUUGCAGACAAAGCCUUUUAUGGACUUGAGAACCUCCAAAUACUCAAUAUAUCAUAUAACCUUCUGGGGGAACUUUAUAAUUCCAACUUCGAGGGGCUACGUAGCGUAGCCUACAUUGAUCUCCAAAAGAAUCACAUUGGAAUAAUUCAGGAUCAGACCUUCAGAUUCCUAAAAGAAUUGCAUACCUUAGAUCUCAGGGACAACGCUCUUAAAACCAUUUCUUUUAUUCCAGACUUACUUACUGUCUUCUUAGGUGGCAACAAACUGGUGACUUUGCCAAACGUUAACUUUAAAGCCAACUUCAUCCACUUAGCAGAGAACAAGCUAGAAAAUCUGGCUGACCUCUACGAACUUCUCCGGGUAUCUCAGCUCCAAAUUCUCAUUUUAAAUCAAAAUCGCUUUUCCUCUUGCAGCCCAAGCCACGCCCCUUCGGGGAAUCGCAACUUAAAACAACUUUUCCUUGGAGAAAACAUGUUGCAACUUGUCUGGGAAACUGGGUUCUGUUGGGACGUUUUUAAGGGGCUCUCCCAACUCCAGAUUCUGUAUCUGAAUAAUAACUAUCUUAAUUUCCUUCCCCCUGGAGUAUUUAGCGAUCUGACAGCAUUGAGGGGACUGAGCCUCAACUCCAACAGGCUGACGGUUCUCCCUCCUGGCAGUUUACCUGCUAAUUUAGAGAUCCUGGAUAUAUCCAGAAACCAUCUCCUGUCUCCUGAUCCUGGUUUAUUUGCAUCCCUUAGCAUGUUGGACAUAACUCAUAACGAGUUCAUCUGUGAGUGUGAACUCCGAACCUUUAUCAGUUGGCUUAAUCAAACCAACGUCACUCUAUUGGGAUCUCCUGCAGACAUCAACUGCAUGUAUCCUAACUCGCUCUUAGGGGUUUCCCUCUACUCCGUUUCCAUGGAAGACUGUGAUGAAGAGGAAGUCUUCAAGUCCCUAAAGUUUUCUCUUUACAUUUUAUUCAUUGUCACUUGGACUCUGUUCCUCGUGAGUGUUCUCAUAGUCGCAAAGUUCCGGGGAUUUUGUUUCAUCUGUUAUAAGACAGCCCAGAGACUGCUGUUCCAUGACCAUACACAGAGAAUAGAAUCUGAUAGGUACAGAUACGAUGCCUAUUUAUGCUUCAGUAGCAAAGACUUUGAAUGGGUACAGAAUGCUUUGCUUAAACACCUGGACACUCAGUACAGUGACCGAAAUAGAUUUCACCUGUGCUUUGAAGAAAGAGACUUCGUCCCGGGGGAAAACCACAUCACCAACAUCCAAGCUGCCAUCUGGAGCAGCCGAAAGAUCAUCUGUCUUGUGAGCAGACACUUCCUUAGGGACGGGUGGUGCCUGGAAGCCUUCAGUUACGCCCAGAGCAGGUGCCUCUCUGACCUCAGCAGUGUCCUUAUCAUGGUGGUGGUUGGGUCCCUGUCCCAGUACCAGUUGAUGAAACACCAGUCAAUCAGAGGAUUCAUACAGAAGCAGCAGUACUUGAGGUGGCCAGAAGAUCUUCAAGAUGUGGGCUGGUUUCUCAAUAAACUCUCUCAGUGCAUCCUAAAGAAAGAAAAAGGAAAGAAAGAAGAGAGUCGCAUUCAGUUGCGAUCGAUAGCAACCGUCUCCUAGUCCAAAGAACAGCUUGCAAUUCAUCCCAAGCCAUAAGGAACGCUUGACUUUGUAUUUGCACAAAGUGACCAUUUGGGGGCUCUUUCUGGAGGUCUUGUUCCUACUAUAAAAACAUCAAUCUCUUGGCUUUCAUGUCAACACGAUGUUUGUCUCACUGACCUCCAAGUGGAAAAUAAUAUCUGGAAAAUUGCAACUGCCCCUAGAGGUUCCCACUCACCAUUGAUUUCCUUUCAGACCCAAUAAUACUGUUCUCUCCUGUUGUAUGGACUACAGAAUGUCCCCUAGUCAUGGAAAGGGCACCUUGGAAAAAGUUACAGGUGGCUUCAUGGUUUUGCAGGGUUCGGUUCAAGAAUGGUCUGGUCUGUGAUUCUGAUAACUCUGUUUUCGGCAAAACAAUACUAAAAAAAACUGAGACCUCUUUCCUUCUUUGGCUUUAGGAACAUCAACAGUGCUGGAUGCAGGUCACAUUUUAUCUUGGGGAUAAAAGGUGGUCCCAAGGAACCUUCAACUCCUCUGAGUCUAACCCUUGUGAACCAUGCCAUUUUGCAUGUGACUCUCUUCUUUCAGCCUGAUGCUCAGGACCUACCAUGUUAGCACCAACCUACCUCUUGAACUUCCCUUCCUGCCAGUAACACCUCAUUCAUCAACUCCGUAAGCUGUUGUAGGAAGAAUAUGGACUUUAUACACAGAUCCUGGAUCAAAUUUUGAUUCUGCUGCUUGUUAGUUGGGUCACUUUGAGUAUGGUACACCCUUGCUGGGCCUGCUUUCUUGCCUGUGGACAUCACAGUUACUAGGAAAAUUAUAUUAACCAAGAAUGUCAGGACUUCUCAGAUCUUUUCCUUAGUUUUCCUAAUGGCCACAAGAGAUGAAACACACUGAAUGGCCUCUGGGGGCAGUUGGAGUGUCUUUGAAUUUGUAAUUUUUGCCCUAAAAGGAAUCUACAUGUAUUUCACAUUCUAAUUCUUUUUUUGUGUGUUUCUUAAUAUAGAGGCAUGUUUCUACAAAAGCAUUAAUAAAAUUUUUAGCCAAAGAA